UCAUGCUUUAUUGUAAACCACACAAUCAUAAAAAUGCAAACUUUAUAGUUUAAACCAUUCAACGAAAGCUUCACAAGACAGCACAAGACAGAAACAAUGGUGGCACUCAGAUUCUACACUGUAGUAGAGAUGUCGCUACCAUGUUUAUGUCCAUGCCCAUCAUCAUCGCCGAUUUCACUUUCGUCGUCUUCUCCGAGAUACCAUCUCCGUAACACAGCAAAAAGGAGAUUAGAUUCAUCCAGAAACUGUAGAACUCUGCGCAUAAGUUGUUCAUCUUCCUCCACUGUCACUGACCAAACAGAACAAUCUUCUUUCAACGAUGCUGAGAUGAAACUCAUUGACGCUUUGAUCGGAAUUCAAGGCCGUGGCAAAUCCGCUUCUCCUAGACAGCUCAAUGAUGUGGAAUCUGCUGUGAAAGUUCUUGAAGGUUUAGAGGGUAUUCAGAAUCCUACAGAUUCUGACUUAAUCGAAGGCCGUUGGCGAUUGAUGUUCACCACAAGACCUGGAACUGCAUCUCCAAUCCAAAGAACAUUUACAGGAGUAGAUGUGUUCACUGUGUUUCAAGAUGUAUACUUGAAGACAACAAACGAUCCUCGUGUUUCAAACAUUGUUAGAUUCUCUGACAUCAUUGGAGAGCUAAAAGUUGAGGCAGCUGCAUCGAUCAAAGAUGGGAAACGGGUUUUGUUCCGUUUCGAUAAAGCCGCUUUCUCUUUGAAGUUUCUUCCUUUCAAAGUUCCAUAUCCAGUUCCUUUUAGACUUCUUGGUGAUGAGGCUAAAGGUUGGUUAGAUACUACUUAUUUGUCGCCUUCAGGAAACCUUAGGAUUUCAAGGGGAAACAAGGGAACAACGUUUGUUCUUCAGAAAGAAACUGUACCUAGGCAGAAGCUGUUAGCCACCAUAUCUAAAGACAAAGGAGUAGCAGAGGCUAUAGAUGAGUUUCUUGCUUCUAAUUCUAAUCCGGUGGAAGAUGAUUACGAGCUUUUAGAAGGAAGCUGGCAAAUGAUUUGGAGUUCACAGAUGUUUACAGAUAGUUGGAUUGAAAAUGCAGCAAAUGGUCUUAUGGGAAGACAGGUAAACAUUUUUGUUAGAAUGUCUUUAAGUAGUAUUCAGUUGCUUCAGCUUGUUGAGGAUUUGAUUCAGAUCAUCGACAAGGAUGGGAGGAUAAAGUUUGAAGUUAAUAUCAUUCCAGCAUUUAGAUUCUCCAUGAAAGGCAAAUUCAUCAGAAAAUCAGAAAGCAGUACAUAUGACUUGAAGAUGGACGAUGCAGCAAUUAUAGGCGGUGCAUUUGGAUAUCCAGUCGAUAUAACAAACAAGAUCGAGCUUAAAAUUCUGUACGCAGAUGAGAAAAUGAGAAUAAGUCGAGGAUUUGAUAACAUUAUCUUCGUUCACAUCCGAGAAAUUUAGCUGCGUUGUUGUUGUUCUAUGCUCUUUAUUUGAAAAUGUGAAAAAAUUUAGCAUGUAAAAAACUGUCAAAUGUUUUAACAACAAUGGAUUUAAGGUGAUUGUUGGUUUUUUUUU